AUUAAAUAGGCCCUAGCCUAGGCUAUUACUUUUGUGUUGAAAAUUUUAAACCAUGAGUGUGCAACCUCCCAGAUACACAAGUACUCCUCGUGCUGGUCGAGACACCGCCAAUGCUCUACAAAACUUCAAUGAUGUCUCUCCAAUAUUCUCUACGGAAAUUGUGAGAAAAGUGAAAUCAUCAAUCCCGAUUUUGUCAUAUAAUAGGUCAAAUGGACCGGUUAGCUCCAGUGGUGCAAAGUCCCAAGUAUCAACAUCUAGUAACACUAGCACUGGACGGCCGAGAUCAUGUCCAAGUACAGCAUCAGGCAAGAAAACAUUUGAGAUCAAGACUCAAGCAAAAGUUCCUACGAAAAGCGUUAUUCCAGCUAAGCCACAAACACCUAAGGGGCCGAGCAUGGAAUCUAGAAACAGUGUUGAUAAAGUUUCUACAAAAAGCAUAAUUCAAGCUAAGCCACAAACACCUAAAGGACCGAGCAUGGAAUCUAGAAACAGUGUUGAUAAAGUAAUUGAGAGCGUUAUUGGACAUCAGCCUCAAAAAGAAAGCACUCCUCCCAAGGAUUUAAAUUCUCAAGUUCCUACAAAAAGCGUUUUUCAAGCUAAGCCACAAACACCUAAAGGGCCGAGCAUGGAAUCUAGAAACAGUGUUCAUGAAGUAAUUGAAAGCGUUAUUGGACAUCAGUCUCAAAAAGAAAGCACUCCUCCCAAGGAUUUUAAUUCUCAAGUUCUUACAAAAAGCAUAAUUCAAGCUAAGCCACAAACACCUAAAGGGCCGAGCAUGGAAUCUAGAAACAGUGUUGAUGAUGAGUUGUACCAAGCUGUACCAAGUUCCUCAAGCGUCAAACGCUCUUCAGUCUCAACCAGUUUGAAUGAUUCCCGAACAAAGACCAGUAGAGUGUCUAAGAUCUCCCAAAGGCCAUCUACUUUACCAGUUGUACCGGAGGAAACUGCUGUGCAAGGCACUUCACAAGUUCCCGGAGAAGACAUUUUUAAACAUUCUAAAGCUCAGAGUGGCUGGCUAAUCCCGAAAGAAACGCAAAGCCGAAUAUCUCUCAAAAGGAAAUCUAGCGUUCCAGUGACGAUCACUAAAAGAACCAAGAAAACCAAAACCAAUCAAGAAGAGGACGAUGCAAGUUUAUUUGACAGUCCAGAACUUCCUAACCUUUUGGAAACUUCAUCACUGGUAAACAGAAGGAAGACACAUGUCCUAAAAAAGAAACCUGUAACCCCUGAAAUUCUAGAAGAGCACCGAGAAAGUUUAACCUAUGGUAUUAUUGCGUUGGAUGAUCUAAAUAAAAUUAAAAACACUGCAUCUGAUACUGUUGAAAAACGAUUAGAGGUCAAAUCACAAAAAACUGUACCUAAAACCUCACAGAAAACCCCUUCUAGAAACCAAUUAGAAGAGGAACUUGAUGUAGCAACAAACUCAAGAGGGAAAUUAUCUAACAAUGUUGCAGGAGAAAGUAAACUUGUCGAAACAAAGGAGCAGCUAUCCCAAGGCAAGAAUGUAUCAGGCGUAGACAGUAAGAAAAGUGAGGUUGAAAUCAAUACUUCAAAGAGUGAUGGCCAAAAAAAGGUGAAAAUAGUAAAGAAAACUGUUAAGAGAUCCAAUCGUGACUUGAAUGUUGAAUCUUUGGAAAAUACUAGACCCAAGAGAACAUUGCGUGAAAGAAAGCCCAAUAUCAAUUAUGAAGAUAAUUCUGUUAUUGCUCAAGGAGAAAAAGAAAAUAUGCGAGGUAAGAAAAGAGAACCAACAAUAAAGUCCAGUCAAGAAGUUACAGAAGCAAAACCUGCAGCAAGUUCUGUCAUUAAGCCUUCUGCAAAGAAUAAGCAAAAGAAGAACAAUAUAGACAAAGAAAACACACCACAAACUGGUACCAAAACAUACGAUAGUGAAGUAAGUUUUGAACUUGAAGAAGAACAUGAUGAAAAGGAUGUUUUGAAAACGUAUAAUAAUGCUGAUGCUCAAGAAGAAAAACCCAAGAUCAAGGGUCGUAAAAAAAAUGUGGGGAACACAAAAACUGCCAAAACUAAUAAUAAAUUAGCCUCUAAAACUUUAGAUGAAAAUAAUUCAGAAGCGGGUGCAAAAGAAAAAGAAAUUUCCAAACCGAGCGGUAUUACACAGGGAGUGACGGCUGUGAAGUCUACGACUACAUCUGUUAAAAGGAAAACUCAAUCCAAAAAACAAACCUCACUUGCAAAUGAUCUGAACCAAAGAAAUGAAGAAAUUGAAGCUGCACAUGUUUUGUUAGAUGUUGAAAACAGAGAGUUUAUUUUGCAUGGCGAAAGCUCGUCCAAUAUUGCUUUUACUAACAAAGUGAAAACAUCUCUACCUUCUGAAAAGAAACGUGUACAAACAUCGGUCUCCAAAAAACAUUCUGCCGCAGUUACUGGUGAAGAUUUGAAUUUAGCUAGCAGCCCAUCAAAGUGUGAUGUGGGCAAGCAACAAAGUGAAUACGAAGUUGAAACUAGUCCUAAAACUGUCGGAAGAAAGAAAAAUUCUCAACACCAGUCAAAAGUAAAACCAAAGAGCGGAAGUGUUUCUGAACGUGCUGAUGAUAAAACCAACAAGCUGGUCCUUGAAACACAGUCCUGUGUUUCUUCCUCCACUGGGACAAAACAAAACACCGAAGAUACAGGGUCUGGCGAUUCUCAUUCAGAGUCUCGUUUCUAUUUUCGGAAACGAAUACAACACCCAGUCGAGUUUUGGAAGACCCAAACCUUCAGUCAAACAUCAAACGAAAGUCGUCAGCUAUUGUCAUCUAAAAAACGAAAAAAACCAGAAGAGAAUCUCAAUAACUUGCACCCAAAGUACAGUAAGUUUGACAUAAAUAAUUUGUUUGGGAAUCAAAAGCCGACAACACAAGAGUUGACGGAGGGAGUGACAGCGUUGAGACACAUUCACAUCGCUGACUUCUUGAUGAUGGGAGUGGUCACAUUGGAACCUGGAGCAGUCCUUCGCAAGAUAUCCACCAACACGGCAUACACCGUGGUGGAUGGAUGCGCAUGUGUAACCAUCAACAAAGUCACCAAAUAUUUUGAAGCAAAGGAUGUAAAUAGAAGAUUCUUCAUCCCUAGAAAUAUUGAUGUUUCCAUCACCAACGAGAAGGAAGUUCCUUUGAAAAUGGAUUUUGUAAAGUUUAAGGGAGAGCCUUAUUAGUUGUCUUUUUUUGUAUUCUGUAAAAUAUUGUAAGUAGUGUUAGUAUGUUGUAGUGUAAAGCUAUUAAAAUCGUAUUAAAAUGAAAAACUGUAUUUAUAAAUUAGAAUAGUUAUAUUGUUCGUGUUUGUAAUACUUUAAGUAUUACUUUUUUUAUUACUUUGUAACCAAUGAAAUUAAUUUCAAUUUGUCAAGUCUCACUUCGAUUCUAUGUUUGAGAUGUGUUUGUAUCGUGCUAAAAAUGUAUAUGUCAGUAUUUGUGAAAAAUGUUAUGAUAUUCUACAAAACAGAAAUACUUGUACUUGUUUAAAAUUGUUGCUAGUCUGUGUGGUUUUGGAAGGCUUGAAUAAGCUAUGUGACAGACCAUUUUUAUUAUUCCAUUUUAUAGUUUUGUUAUUUGCUGUAUAGCUGUGCAAAUUUGUCCAUCGUUCUAUUUGUUUAGGCUAUUCAAUGCUCACAAAUAUUUGAACCAGUUAAAUUUAAGUUGAGGUGAAAUAACCUAAAUGAAAAAUUGUACAAACAAGUUUGUUGUGUUGAUAGAUUUAUACAAGUUUUGGGAAAAUGUUAUAGGUUUAAUAUUGUGUUGUUGUUAGAAUGCGGUAGCUUUAUUAUGAAAUGUAAGUACAAAAGCUAAGCGUUAUCAAUGUAUUAAUGUUAAAUUUGUAAAGUUUUAAUUUUAUCAUCGUAGUUUUAGGAUCUUUAAACAAAAUAAUAACAUUGAACAGAUUAAUGUAAAAGAUGUGACUUUUCAUUUGAAAAUAUAAUGUUUUUAAAUAUUUUUAUAUAAUAAUGCCGUUAAUUCUUUUACACAGUUUGCGUCGCUGUUUUUUUUAUGC